AGGGAGGGCUGCAUGGAGAGCUGGGAGACAAAACAAAAGCCACACAUUUCAACCAACAGGCGCUGGUCGCUUUUUAUUUUUUGUAAAUCAAAACAAAUUUGAUUAUUUUUUCUUAUCGAUUUCCGUUUAAAGCCAACGGUUUUGCAUCAUGCCGAGCAGCACGUCUUUGCUGGAGGCCGACGAGGGAGAGUCCGAGGUCCCGCCGCCACUAGUACACGCUUUCGCCGGUAUGGGCCUUGAGGAGCACCACGGCACCCAGAGCCAGACACCCGAACAAGUAGACGAGAGCAUCACUUAUCACCACCACCUUCACCAGCUACCCCCGGUUCCUCAUUUCAACCUCCUCGGUACUGUCCUCGACUUAAAGCCCCUGCAUCGGCCGCCCUCGGGAGACGAAGUAAACACCAUAACGGCAAUGCCCGAGGACGGAGAGCCUGAAGUUAUAACCUCCGCCGACUCCUCGUUUCUGGCGCAGGCCCACCGCCACCUCCAGUCGGGGCCGUGUGCCUCCGGGAUGGAGGUGCCGCACAUCGAGACCAUCUUGUUGUACAGCGGAGACGAGCGGGACGAUACGGGGCUCGGCGCCCUACCGCCGGCUGGGAGCAUGGCGAUGCUGCCGCCCGGUGUGUACGGGGAGUCGGGCUACGAGGCCGAGUCUUCGCUGUUGGCUCGGCGAAAGAGCGUCAACACGACCGAGUGCGUGGCGGUGCCGAGCUCGGAGCACGUCGCGGAGAUCGUGGGCAGGCAGGGCUGUAAGAUUAAGGCGCUCCGAGCCAAGACCAACACCUACAUUAAGACCCCAGUGAGGGGGGAGCAGCCCGUCUUUGUUGUGACGGGGCGCAAGGAAGAUGUGGCCAUGGCGAAGAGGGAGAUCCUGUCUGCAGCCGAGCACUUCUCUCUCAUCAGAGCCUCUCGAAACAAGACGGGCCCCCAGUCGGCUGUGACCGGUCCAGGGACCCCCUCUUUACCUGGACAGACGACCAUUCAGGUGCGAGUACCAUAUCGUGUCGUAGGGCUGGUCGUGGGUCCCAAAGGAGCAACCAUCAAACGCAUUCAGCAACAGACCCACACCUACAUUGUGACGCCGAGUCGUGACAAAGAGCCAGUGUUCGAGGUCACCGGGAUGCCGGAGAACGUGGACCGGGCGAGGGACGAGAUAGAAGCGCACAUCGCCCUCCGCACAGGAACCUGCGGAGGCAUUGAGGCUCCCGGUGUAGACAACAAUGACUUUCAGUUCAACGGGACGGACGUCAGCUUUGAAAAUUCUGCAGCACAGGCUGGGUUGAGGGACGCCGGGUGGCUUCAGGCAGGUGCAUCAUCCCCCGGUGGUGGUGGUGGUGGUGGUGGUGGUGGUGGCGGCAGUGGCGGCUUGCUGCCAAUGAGCGUCAACGGUACUCAGCGAAUAAAUAGCAAUAUUAACAGUGGUGUCAGGAUGUCUUCCACCUACCGCAACGACAGCUCCAGUUCCCUGGGCAGCGGCUCCAGCUCAGCUGAUUCUGUCUACGGCAGCAGUAACGGUAACGGUAACCGGGUUGCAGAUCUGAGCCCAACCUGUCAGUUUAAUGCAAAUGCCAACAACAACAACAGUAACGGCGCCGGUACGAGUUUCUGGUUUGGCGACAGCCUUCUCCCCGUGGGGCCCGAUGAGCUGAUCAACCUGGGGAGUGGAGGCUCGUCCUCAGGAUUUGACCCGUUAAUCAUCUCCACUGCCCAAGCCUCGCACCCCGCUGCACAGCCACAAAUCUGGAGUCCCUAUGUGGACCAACAGCCCCCCCAGACCAUUGAUGCUCGCCAAUCUCAGACCAGUCAGCCUGGGACGCCCCGGCUCUCUCCGACCUUCUCUGGGACCGAAGCCUUGGAGCACCCUCAGGCCCAGCGAGUUCACCGAGGGCCUUUCGGCUCGACCGGAACCCUCGACGCCCACCGGUUCCCCUCUUACAGCUCGGCCUUCUCCUCUUCCAGUGAAAGCACCGCCUCCUCUUCCUCCCCCCCUGAAUCCUCUCUCCUCUAUCGACCGGGGCUCGGAUCAGCAGGGAGGGGGCAGGAGAUGUGCAUCCACUGUAUGGAUAACCAGGUGAUCGCUGCCUUGGUUCCCUGUGGCCAUAACCUCUUCUGUCUCGAUUGUGCCACCCAUAUUUGCCAGGGUCCAGAUGCGGUUUGCCCCGUGUGCCUGUCCCCGGUCACACAGGCCAUUCAGCUCCGCAACAUGUGAUGUUCAUCCGUUUACUUUUGAUGGCUGAUUGGCACUCAGCCUCCCCCAACACUUCCAAUUCAUAACAUCUGUGAGGAAAUUACAAAACUGACCCUGAAUCAGUGUCUAGGCGUGUCCUCACCCUUGUUUUGUCCAAGCUGGUGUUUGGUUGAGAAAGGUGAGGAAGAGUAGGUGAAUUAGGAAUUAUCUGUAUUUAGGGCAUGGGUUCGGGGGUCAGCCCGUUCAUGUGCCUGCUAUUGUGAAGUCUUCUUCCAUUAUUGAUUGAUCGAUCAAUGGGAAGGUCGGAAAACCCUCUCUGUAGCAUUGGGUGGGGUGGGAUAUAAGAAACUCUACAAAUCGGUGUGAAUGCUCCCUUUCAUUAUUUUAUUUAUAUAUAUAUAUAUAUAUAUAUAUAUAUAUAUAUAUAUAUAUAUAUAUAUAUAUAUAUAUUAAUUAAUGAAUGAAUGAAAGGGAGGGUGUGUGUUAUCAGUUUCUGACUUAUGUUUUAUCAAAACAUUUUAAAUGUACAUUGAAUUCUAUUAGGUGCAUAAUGUUUGCUUUCGGGUCAAAGUUAUUUUUAGGUCAACAUCUCAAACGUUUUGUUCAAUAGAAGAAAAUGGCUGCUACAGGUGUUUUUAAGUGCUGAACUAUGGCUCGGCCCGUUUGCCUCUCACUUAUCGUGCGUACAGCGAACUUUAAAGAAACGGAACCGAUGAGCAUGUUUACAAAUGGGGAGUCCCUUGUAUGAAUACAAAUGGUAUUGUCCUGGUUAACAACGAUUUUAAAUGCCUCCCGCGGUAAACUGGAUAUAAUGUGCGUGUGCGGCAUUAUUCUGGCGAGUGCCACUCUGUCCCACAAAUUUUGCAUACGGUAAAUAUUAUCGGGCUAUUAACCGAUCAGUGCUACUUUAAACAGGAUACGACGUUUACAUGCUCUGAAUCAUAACUCUGAAUUUGGUUUGCGUAUCGCUGAUAUUGACAGCAUGUUGAUACGCAUGCAGUCCCACCCACACAACCAAGUGGGUCAACCCUGCACACAUCACAGAUGUUACACUCCAAUGGCAACCUCUCGUUGCCUCAGGUUUCUUUCCUUCCCAGACUAGAACCAAGUGGGUAACUGCGUUUUUUUUUUGUAGAGUAUCGUCACAGGAUGUUGCACCACUUUAGUGUUUGCCACGUUGCUUUCCAUUUCUACUUUUAACAAUUGUUUACGGAGAACUUGUGCCUAAUUCCGUUCCGAGUAAACAAAACAGAAACGCACGGUGUUGCUCUGUCUUAAAACAAACGUGUGGCCUUUAUUUGGGAAGCCUGUAAUUAACUGACAACACUAUCUACCAAUCCAGAUCUUUGCUCAAAGGAACACACGCUGACAGACUGAGGUCUUAAUGUAUUCGCCGAAGUUCGAUCUCUUAAAUGCGUCUUGGUUGAACAACAGCUAUAUCGCAGGGACGUUUUCUUUCGCUUCCUAUUUUUGUUGAGCCUUUCUCACCUAUUGCGUUAUAUUUUUAUUUUUUUAAGCACCAAGCAAUCCCAUAUAGUUUAUUUCUGUUUCCAUAGUCCAUAGUUAUCUUUAGCCUUUUUUUGUUUUGUUUAUUUCUUGUUUGGGGACCAUGUCAGAAAGAUAUGCACAGCUUGUCCCCCCCCCCCAGUCCCACUUUUAGUUGAUAGAAGUAUGGCUAGGUGGUAGUAAAACUUCAACUGGGAGCCAAAAGAGUUGAUAUCCUAUGGAACUAUAUUAUGAAGACGAGCUGUUAUCUGGAGACCGACCUUUCUGCCAUCUCGAUCGUAUCCUCUCCACCCUGUGGCUGCCUCCUCGCAGGCAUUUUAUACCCUCGCAGGCAGCAAACAUAAUGAUUCCAAUGGAUGCAAAAGCGAGACGUUGGCCACCCGCGUCUCGUCUACCAGGCCUAUGCAAGAAUCGUCUCGGCGUGUCGACUACUCGAGGAAGCGCGAGAUAAAUUAAGCUCCUCCGGUUUUUAAUUACAGAGCUCAAACUAUCUUGGGCUGAACACGUCGACCGACGCAUCCCUCCUGUUUAUACGACUACAUUUCAGUCGGGGGUUCUCCCUCGUUACCUGCUCUGGUGCAUCGAUGAGACGUCUCAAUGGCACACUUUGCUUCUCAUGCCUCAUGGGCUCGUUUGCUAUUGGCCUGUGUCCUACUAAGCACAGCCUUUCCCCGUAUCGUAUCACACUAUUGACAAGUCUGGAUUCCAAUAACAGUCUGACUCUUGUCCCCCCCCCUCCUUUUUUUUAAUGUGCAUCUGUCCGUUCCUCCACCGGUAAAGUGGAGAAACGGUACAAAUGGUUGAAAUCAUCUCAAAUCUUAGCUUUAAGCAUCACCGUUUCUGGACCUCGUUUUACGGGCUUUGAAUGAGUUGUCGGCCAUCUGGAAGGAGAAGCAGCUGGACCGGUUUCGUCUUGGACCGUGCCGACACUACAUAAGGUCAAUAGUGUUGCUUUUCUUUGUGGACUUUGGACCGCAGUCCGUCUAGCAUUCCAGCCGUAAACAGUGUUUUGUUUUUGAGUUUCUCUAAAGCUUUGCUCUGUAUCUUAAAUAUCGUCUUUUGUGGACGAUGGAGCUUUCUCGAGGAAACGGAACCGAAUGAGUCCCAAAAGUGCAAAAAAAACCAAACAUUUUCUUCUGCCCCCUCGGGUUUUCUAGCCGUCCUUUUUGUUUCACUUCUCUCAGCUCUACAAAGCUCUCUCUCCUCUCUCUCUCUGAGGGAACGCAAUACCGUUUAUUGACAUGAAUCAUUGACAUUUUUGUGUUUGUAUUUUAUGAUAUUACUUUUAAUGACUGAUAAAUAUACAGAUCUUAUUUUUAUUUUGUUACAUUUCAUAUAUAUACAUAAAUAUAUCUAUUAUAAUGUUUACAAUAAGAUUUUUACUUUUCUUUUUUCUACUUUUUCUGAGUGAUUAAGUGAAUGAAGAGUUGGAAACCCAGAAAUGUUGCAGGAGGAGAGUUAAUGCUAUCUGCUUGUAGUCUAGUUAUUAGUUUACAGUAUUGAUGAUGAUGAUAAUAAUAAUAAUAUUGAUAGCUGCCAUCUAACCAAGUGGAAAAUGGAUUGUGCAUCACGAGCAUGUCUUCAUAAUGUAAAACGUCACACUGCAACUGUAAAAAGGCCACGGAUUCAAGCUGCCUGUCCUGUCUGUACACCACCAAAUUAAGAACGGUAUACUGUAAAAUGUAUCUUAGAUUAUCUAUAUAUAAAUACAUAUAUUGUUAAGAUGUACCAACAGUUCAAAGUAUUUGCUAAUUUUACUACAAUUUUGUUAUGUAUAUGUAGGGGGAGUCUUAUGGCAUAUAAAUUCUUCAAAUUGAGUCAGGAGUUUAAAAGCAGACUAUAUUUUAUAAUGGCCUUUUAAGUUAUUGCGGCCAAAGCACUGAUAUUAUAUAUUUGCUGUAAAGAGAAUUUAAGAGUUUUAUUUUUCUGAUAUUAAAGUUACUUAAUAAAGACGGUUUCAUUUUAAGAUG